CUAUGACGACGGCAACCCGGAACAGGAAAUGUCGGGGUAUUUGACCGUAGCUCAGGAAAAAAAAUGAUUGAACAGAGAUGUGAUUGUUCUUUUUCCGCUUCGAGAGCAGUGAAGUCGUGGCUUAUUUCUGCUAGUUGACGGCGACGUUUAAGUGCAUUAGAGGCGUCCAAGAAACGGAAUGUCGUUUCCAACGGAGACGUUGUGUCAUUCGGUGCUUUUCCAGGGUCAGACGAUGCUGAACGGCUAGUCGGCUCGUAUACAUUACCCUGUGUUGGUGGUAGCUAGGGUUUCUUUUUAAGAAUUCUCAUUAUCGUGUUUGGGACAUUUCUUUGUGUGUAUCCGGAGAUAUUUGCCUCAAAGCCACACAGCGGCUGUGAAGCUGAAGCUCUGUGGGACUUCUCAGCGUUUGUACUGGUCAGCCACGUCAGCUAUAUCCACUGAUAAACUCGGAGAACAUCUGUUCUCUUUGGUCCCAAGUUUAUUUAGUUGAAAACCGUCAGAGUGACUUCCAAUGACAAUGGCUCCGAUGGGUAUCCGGCUGUCACCGCUCGGGAUGGCGGUGUUUUGCCUGCUGGGAGUCGGUGUCAUCUACCACCUGUAUGCCGGGGUCUUCUCCAACCACCUGUCUUAUUUCAGGCAGAGGAAAAAGGUGGACCUGAGAGACCUGUUAGCUGUCUCUGUGGAGGCUGCACAACUGGGUGGAAAAGAGGUGAAAAGAGUACGCGAAGAAGACACACUUAACGAGAAGUCAAAGGGGGAAACAAGGGAGGGAGCUAAAGAGCUUCUGACUAUGGGGGACCUGCAGUCGCACCGGAAGAUGUAUAACCUAAUAAAGAACACAUUUCCUGAAAUCACUGUAUACAGUGAGGAAAGUGACAGCAAACCAGAUUCGGUGUCCUGGAGCAGGAACAUACCGAAUGACAUGCUGACGCUGGAGAAAGGCAGGGAGGUUUCUGCUGAUAGCAUCACUGUGUGGAUUGAUCCUUUGGAUGCUACUCAAGAAUACACAGAGAAAUUGGUGAAAUAUGUGACCACCAUGGUGUGUGUUGCUUUAGAGGGUAAACCAGUCAUUGGUGUCAUACACCAGCCAUUUACAGGGUUUACUGCCUGGGCGAUGGUAGGUCAGGGAACAAACAUGGAGCACAGAUCGUCCUACAACCUCAACUCGCCAAGAGUGAUUGUAUCACGGUCACAUUCUGGAGAAGUAAAAAACUUUCUUCACUCUGCUUUUGGAAACAGCACAACAAUAAUCCCAGCAGGUGGUGCAGGAUACAAGGUGUUAUCGCUGUUGAAGAUGCAUUCAGGCCAAACGGAGCCUAUACAUGAAGCAGAUGUUUACAUCCACAUCACCUUCAUUAAGAAAUGGGACAUCUGCGCUGGUGCCGCACUACUGAACGCUCUUGGAGGCCACAUGACCACUCUGAAGGGGGAGAACAUCGACUUCAGUGGAACUCCUUUGAACAAAGGAGGACUGGUGGCCAGUGUUGAAGUGGAUCAUAAGGACAUACUGGCCAAACUUCCAAACUGGGACCCUUCAAAGCACUGAAAGACAACCACAGAACCAUUGAAGGUCUGGCAUGUAGUGCUGGGGCUUACAUGAAGAAGAGAUGAUUAAACAUCAAACGUUCAUGUUAUUUUUUAAAAAUUUUUUUUGAAAGCUGGGCGGGGAUUUGCUGUCUACACAAACACGGCCCACUGAACAGGAUUGUGACCAGCAUAGUUACCACAAUGGUUCUUGAUUCUCACUCCUCCACAGCUACGUGCAUCGUUCAUCCAUCUCAUGUGAAACCGCAUGCUCACAAGGAAUUGUGGGAAAACAGUGGACCCUUCCAUGUCUCCUCCUUUCACCUUCACAGGGGAACUUUAAUGUGAAAAUCUCUGGAGCGUACAGCUGAACAUUGCAGGAGAAACUCUGGAGUUCUGCUUCUGCUUCCACCAUUGUAGAUGUCUUCUUUUUUUUUUUUUUUCUUAUUUCAAAAGAGCAUAACACUAAUUUAGAGAGGAAUGUUUCAGAGAGCAUCGGACUUUACCCCAUUUCUGUAAGUAAUGAAACUUUGGAUUUUGAGUAAAUCUUUGGGUUAUUGCGUUAAAAAAUCCUUUUAUUUUUUUAUUUAAACCCUUAACCUUUUAUUAACAUUAUAUUAAGACGGAUUAAUUGAGAAUAAGUUAAUUAUUAGUAGAGAACUUAUAUUGUGGCCAAGAGAGAAGCUGAUCGACCAGAUUUGUGUUGAGACUUCCAUGUUUAUCCGAUAAUCGAGCAAAUUGGAAUUUGCUGGAAUUUAACCAGAAUUUGUGCAACAAUAAAUGCUUAAAAUUGGUACUUUUUACUUAUCUAUUCAAAAUUUGUUCAGCAAAAGAAGUGAAGCAGUCCGUUACGUAGCCUCAGCACUUCUCCAGUCCAAACAGUUUGUUUUGAUGGUUCUCGAUUUAGAAACCUUGGAAACCACGCAGUAGACUUGUCAAAGUCAGAAAGAUUUUUCAGUAGGAAAAACCAGAUCCUAGUUGGAAAGAGAAAUUAGUACUUCCUCAUUUCUGCCUAAAAGUGGCUUCAAAACUCUGAAGUAUGCAUGCAUGGUUUGGAUUUUUGGUCUUGAUGAAUCCCUGUUUCCUUUGACUACUGUUUGUCUUUCAGCACUGUGUUGGUCGUACCCCGAGUCACUUUUGACUUUUUGUGUUCAGUCGAAAAAUACCAGCAGAGAUCUCACACGAGUGUCUGAAGAAGGUACGUUUGUUAGAGGAUCUUUUCAUGUUUGCUUUGUUUUGAUAGCAUUUGUGUUAAUAUGUAGAAUAAACUCCAUUUAGGUCAGAAAUUAAAUAUUGAAACGGUUUCCGUCUGCCACUGGUUGAUGAGGCUUGACAACUUGUCAAUAGAGGUGAGGAAUGAUCUGGAAUGGGUUGGCUAGUACAUAAAAACAUGGCCAAGUCAGAGCGGUUACGCUUGAGUUUCAGUUUCAUGUUUCCAGUGCCUUUGCUUGGACAAAACCACAUUGUCGCUGUAAGCUACAUUAGUAAUGCAGACAGCAAUGCUCGCCGCCAUCAGUUGCUGUGAAAAUGACAUGGACACUGUUUGGGGUGUGACUUUGGAUACGCCCCUUUAAGACUCUCGUGCAUGUGUACUUUAAGAAACACUUUUUCACAUCACCGUGUUGUGACGUGCUUGGGAGUACUACUUUAGAAAUGAAAAAAGAUCUUUUUAAAAUCCGUACAUUUAUAAAUGUGGAAAAACAAAACGGAUCAGUGUAUAGAAUACCUGACCUCUGUAGACUGCCGCUCAGCUUUCCUUAAGGCUGCACACGUUUAAGCCUCCAAUCAAGAUGCCACAAUUUCAAGUUGGGGAUUUUGUCACUAGGUUGCGAUGUUGCAGAGUACAACGUAGAACUGAAACAACCUUUGAACGCAGACAGACAACAUGUGGACCGUCUGUAGCCGUGAGCGUGGACUUCUCAAAGGAGCACCACGUGUACCUCUGUGUCUUUUUCCAAGUAGUCCUACCAACCAGACUCUGGGAGUUGCAUCAGGUUGUAGUUGGAUAUCCGGAAGGCCUUGGAGAGACAUUCUCUGGUGUUCACUACUUCUGUCGUUUUUAAUGUGAUUUGGGGGAUUUAGUAGCGGUGCUCAUUUUCAGUUUUUCUUCGCAUGGCUACUGGGUUUAUAGGAAUCUCAUAUCUUUGUGUCUACCUCUCUGCCAGUGUUUCACUUGCUCUCUUUAAAGUCGGGUGAUUUACACAUUGAAAGAAUGCAAAAGCCAAAAUAAAAUACAGAGCACGUGAAGGUUUUUUUUUUGAUCAGCUAAAGUAGAAAAACCUUUAGUUACUACUGAAGUAAAUGAAAUUCAUCUCUGUCAAUAGGGUCUUCUAUUCCCUCCAAUAACAUGGUAAAAUUUUACAUUAACCACAGAAAGGACAUAAAAAAGAGCCUCUGCAAAUCUGCUUGAGCUGACUAUUUUACCUUUAAGCAGCAUGAAAGCUAGAUGUAAAAAAUCAUGCAGGCUUUUAAUGUGCUCCUGAACUUAAAAUAAAAAAGUAAAAGUGUGAAUGACCGCCCUAUGGUUUUAAAAAGACUGUAGACUGGUUUUAUGGUCUGACUUUUUUUUUUCUUGUUUGGUAAACGGUAUGUACAGUUUCCAUGAGUAAUUAAUUUUGCUUCUGUGAAUUUCCAAUAAACUGUGUGCAUGAAAGGA